CUGCAGGGCCGGCUCCCAGGCCUCAGGGUCAAGUACGUCCUCCUGGCCUGGCUGGGCGUCCUGGUGGGCAGCUGGAUGGUGUACGUGCGCUACUCGUCCUACUCGGAGCUCUGCCGCGGCCACGUCUGCCAGGCGGUCAUCUGCGACCAGUACCGCAAGGGCGUCAUCUCGGGCUCCAUCUGCCAGGACCUGUGUGAGCUGCACAGGGUGCACUGGGGCACCUGCCUCUCGGCACCCCCCGGCCAGCAGGUGUACAGCGGGCUCUGGCAGGACAAGGAGGUGACCAUCAAGUGUGCCAUCGAGGAGGCCCUGGGCGCUCAGGCCCGGGCGGACACAGCCCCUCGGCGGGAACCGGUGCUAUUUGACCAGCCCCCCCGGGGCACCUCGAUUAAGGAAUUCCGGGAGAUGACGCUCAGCUUCCUCAAGGCAAACCUGGGGGACUUGCCCUCCCUGCCGGCGCUGGUGGGCCAGGUCCUCCUCGUGGCUGACUUCAACAAGGACAGCAGGGUGUCCCUGGCCGAAGCCAAGUCCGUGUGGGCCCUGCUGCAGCACACCGAGUUCCUGCUGCUGCUGUCCCUGCAGGAGAAGGAGCACGCGUCCCGGCUGCUGGGCUCCUGCGGGGACCUCUACCUCACCGAGGGCGCCCCCCGUGGCUCCUGGCACAGGGCCGUGCUGCCACCCCUGCUGCGCCCGCUGCUGCCCGCCGCCCUGCACCAGACCCUCCAGCAGUGGCUUGGGCCCGCGUGGCCCUGGCGGGCCAAGACCGCCAUCGGCCUGCUGGAGUUUGUGGAGGAACUCUUCCACGGCUCCUACGGGACCUUCUACAUGUGCGAAACCACACUGGCCAAUGUGGGCUACACGGCCACCUACGACUUCAAGAUGGCCGACCUGCAGCAAGUGGCGCCGGAGGCCGCUGUGCGCCGCUUCCUGCAGGGCCGGCGCUGCGAGCACAGCGCGGACUGCACCUACGGGCACGACUGCAGGGCCCCGUGUGACAGGCUCAUGCGGCAGUGCAAGGGCGACCUCAUCCAGCCCAACCUGGCCAAGGUGUGCGAGCUGCUGCGGGACUACCUGCUCCCCGGCGCACCCACCGCCCUGCGCGAGGAGCUGGGCAAGCAGCUGCGCACCUGCAGCACGCUGAGUGGGCUGGCCAGCCAGGUGGAGGCCCACCACUCGCUGGUGCUCAGCCACCUCAGGGCCCUGCUCUGGAAGGAGAUCUCCAACACCAAGUACUCCUAGUGCUGCUCUCCCCGUCCCACGCCCCGGCAGGGCCAGGAGCCAUGGUGUGCCCUCGCCUGCCAAAACCAGCCACUUGGGACCCUGCCCCCAAGUGACCCGGACCGAAGGGAACAUCCCCACCUCGGUGGGAAGGCAGGAGCCUGCCUGAGCCUGGCCUCCCAGGGCUGCCUGAGUCUUGUUACUCUGAACAGUGUGUAAAUAAACCGCUUUUACGUGA